CCUGCUGACACACGCGUUUGUUUAGGUUUACCUCCAGCUCCAGCAACAAUGGCCGACCUCUAUUCGAGAAGAAUUGUCGCCGCAGCACUGUUACUUCAUCACUGCAUAGAACUUGAAGCCAAGGAAAAGAGGCGUGAGUGGAGGCGGCAGCGGUUAGCAAGGAGAGAACAGUUAUUAGCUGCCAGCAGACGUAUGCGGGAGCGUGCUCUGCUAGCCUCAGAUAGCGAGGGAGCGGGGCCGAGCACCGCCACCCCUGCACGGGAGAGCAAGCGACGUCAACAACAGCGGCAUGGCGGCGACACGUGUGGCGGUGGUGGGGCCGCGCCAGGCCGGGAAGCUCAUCUCCGGCCUGGCCAGGGAGGUGAAGAUCAGGCCGGCGGGCGUGAGCAAGGCCGCCCGGGUGAUCGUGGACGCCGUGCAGGCCGGACACCUGAACAUGGAGGAGAUCAGGCAGAAUGAAGACCUGCCCCAUGAGUUUGGCCUCACCAAUGGACAAAUAGCCAACUGGGUCUUCCUCAUCGACACCCUCAACUUCUGCUUCUGGACGCCCGACGGUCAGCCAAAGUUCACCGUCAACUACCAGGGAAAGACACGCACCGGCUACUUGGGGAUGGUGGCGGCCGUUAACCGAGCCUUGGGUGAGGGGCGGCCCAUGCAUGACCCCGCCCACUACUCCUCCCUCACCCUGGAGGACCUGAGGCACAUCUUCCGCUCCGACACACCCUCUCAGAUGCCCCUCCUGGAGAAGCGCUUGGAGGUCCUGCAGGAGGUUGGGGGCAUCCUGAAGGAGAAAUUUGAGGGGACAUUUGAGUGUGUCCUGCGGAAGGCGGAAAACAGUGCCAUGAAGCUCGUCAACAUCGUGACAGAAAAUUUUCCAUGUUUCCGAGAUACAGCGUGCUUCGAGGGGAAGCCGGUGGCAUUCUACAAGCGGGCACAGAUCCUGGCAGCCGACAUCUGGGUGCUGUACCGAGGCCAGGCUCCAGGGGGCUUUGCAGACAUAAGCAAGCUGACCAUGUUUGCCGAUUACAGAGUCCCGCAGGUCCUGGCCUACCUGGGGGCCCUGGAGUACUCCGAGGCUCUGUAUAAGAAGUUGAAGGACCAGCACAUGUUUAGUACUGGAGACAGGGAAGAGAUUGAGAUUCGCGGGUGUUCCAUCGAGGCCACAGAGCUCAUUGUUGCAGAGGCCCAAAAGCUGCUGAAGGCCGAGGGAGGUAAUGGUGUCCCCCUGUCCAGUGUGACGGUAGAUUACUUCCUCUGGCUGUACAGGGUGAAGCACGCCGCCGAGCUGGAGUGUGUGCCGUACCACAGGGUGAGGUGCAUCUACUAUUAAUGUGGGGUUGUGUAGGGCUCUGUCUGGAUUUGUUUAUGUAGAGUGUGUUUGUCAAGUAUGUGUGUGAUGUUCAUUCAGUAAGGUGCAACUGCUACGUGUGUGUGUGUGUGUGUGUGUGUGUAGAAAGGGAGACGGCUCAAUGGCACUAAAACAAAGUAGUUACAAAAAAGUCGGCAAAGUGCUGCUCCAACAAAAGAAAAACAGAACAAGAGGCCAAAAGAGAGGUCAGUUUCAGGAGAAGAGGAGAAAGUGAGCGGGGUGGGUUGUUCACUACACAUAGUAUGAUGGAGUUGGCCUGGUGGGGGUGGCCCUGAUCCACAUUGCCUACACCUCAUCGGGAACAUCCACAUGGAGCACUGAGGGGCUGAGAGUGUCUCACCACCACACUAAAACUCCACCACCUCUCCCCUCCUCCCUGAGGUGGGAAAACACACUGUACCCGUCCACCUGUCACAGCUCUGGGGUCAUUUGCCAGGGUUCCGUGGUCCCCAUCAUGUCCGGGUUUAGGGUUUUCACUGUGGUAAUAACCUCAUCAAGUUUGUUAUUCAAGGAGGUGACAUUCAACAUAAGCACUGAGGGAGGUUAUACCUUGUGCACGGCGCUUCAGGGUUUGUAAAGCUUGGGGUCCCCUGUUGCUGCCUCUCUGCGCACAUGUGAUUGAUUUCAAUGAUUUGAUGGGUCACUGAGUACAACAUCCUGCCCCCUGGCCAGAUAAGGGAUGUCCAGCUAGCUCCUCACCUGAGCCUGUGAAGGAAGUGCUGAGAGUGCUAAGCACUGCACUGUCAGGGGAUUAUGCAGAUCCCAGCAGGUGCGAGAGGGGAGAGUAGUGGUGAGGGUACUAGUGAGGAUGAUGAUGUGGUGAGGAGGGUCACAGGUGAUCCUAUAACAGCUACACAGAACACUGAGGUCACACAAGACCCUGGCUCAGGUCAGUGUGUGUGUGUGUGUGUGUGUUUUGUUCUUGUUUAUUUAUUCAGAACGUGUAUGUUGUUCCGUGUAUUUGUUUAUUAAAUGUGUGAAAAGCUGGGUAAAAGUAUAUGUGUGUGUGUGUGUGUGUGUGUGUGUGUGUGUGUGUGUGUGUGUGUAUUUACCUAGUUGUAACUUUACAGGGCCUGGGCUUAUGCUCAUGUGGUCCUGUCUCACAUCUGUACUAGUCCAGUUUUUCCUUAGAGUUGUGCACACUCUUCGCCAAUACUACAUCCUCGCUUAGUCUGUUCCAACCCUCUAUGUUUCUUUGCGGGAAGCAAUAUUUUUUUGUCUCUCAAGCAUCUUCAUUUUCUCAAUUUUUUACUGUGUCCUCGUGUGUUGCUGGUGUUUCUUACUUAGUAGCAACUCAUUAUCUACCUUCUUCCAUUUUAUUCCAAAAUUUGUAAAUUAGUAUUAGGUCUCCCUGUGUGUGUGUGUGUGUGUGUGUGUGUGUAGUUGUCCAUGUUUGAUUUUGUGUAAGAUCAAUAGAAGAAACACUGACUUUAUAAGAUCUGUUCUAAAGUUCUCUAGUAAGUUAAAUAAUACAAUGUAAUACUGUCAUACACUUAGCUCUCAUGUAUGUAGUCAAAGUGUCCAUGUUUAUCGUGCAUGUUAUAACUUCAGUCCAACGUCGACCACUGUGCUGUACCCUCCACAUUAAUGGUGAAAAUAAGCCCUGCCCACACCAGCCCAGACCACCAAUGAUAUCUUUAACCUUUCCCGGCAUCCACCAAUCACACACAAGCUGAGUUGGAGAGAGGGUGUGGCUUGUUUGUGUAUUGUCUGGCGAAAGGAUUGAGAAGGGUGAAGGGAUUAUUUUUAAGGCUAAUGUGGGCACAGCAUAACGCAUCUGUCUGUGAGCAUCGUUAUUUGUUUGCUUGUGUAAUGAGGGGAUGCUCUGUAUCCAAGACUAUUUUUUGUACUUGCUGAUACAGA